AUGGUGAAAGAGCACGCAAUCCCAUAUUCAACUAAUUGCACUAAUGGUGUUACAAUCAAGUCUAAAAUGCAGACAAAAUCUAAGGUUCGGUUUGAUUCUAUUACAGACGCGCUUAAGGAUUUUUCGGAGGGUAAAUUUGUGCUGGUUGUUGACAAUGAAGAUCGUGAAAACGAGGGCGAUUUAAUAAUUGCCGCAGAAAAGGUAACUACUGAAAAAAUGGCAUUUAUGGUCAGAUAUACAAGCGGAUUAAUCUGUGUACCGACUACUCCAGAACGAUUGGAUCAGUUACAACUACCUUUGAUGGUUCCAAACAAUACCGAAAAAAUGAAAACCGCGUACACGAUAUCAGUGGAUUAUAAAUAUAAUACUACGACUGGUAUAUCAGCACAUGAUCGUGCAUUGACAGCACGUUCACUUGCUAAUCCAACCAUCACAGCAAGUGAUUUUAAUAGACCUGGUCAUGUAUUUCCGUUACGGUAUCGUGAAGGCGGAGUUUUAAAAAGAAUUGGUCAUACGGAGGCUUCAGUAGAUUUAUGUAAAUUAUCGGGCUUGCAACCCGUUGGCGUUAUCUGUGAAUUGGUAAGAGACGAUGGGCAAAUGGCACGUCGCGAUGAUUGUC